CAAAUAUUUAGUGCGGACUCAGUUGGCAACCUUCAUCCUGGGCGAAGAGCUGCAGCGGGUGGAGGGAUGAGCCGCUCUUCUGUGACCGGUCAGGAUGCGCAAGAAGCAAGCAAUGGUGUGGACACUUCUGACUCUCUCAAGGCCUCAAGUUUGUCAGGACCUCAUGGAUUCACCACCCAGGGGUUAAUGUUCAGUGAUGGGGCUGAUUUUGAGACUCUCAAACACACACUUCACCACAUAGACUCAUGUAGAGACAAACACACACUCCAGUCACACACAGAUCACUCAGAGUCACUGGUUCAACACAACCAGUGUGCACAUAUUCCAACUGAAGACGGCUCACACGAGGACACGCACUCCUGUGAGACUGAGCUAAUACACGGCCGCUCUAAAAAAGAACUGGAAGAAUGGAGGGGGGAGGAGGAUGAGAGAAAGACAAGUGAUGGAGAGGUGAACAGUGUCAACAAGGGAGAGAUCAAGCAAAAAAAGGAGACUCUUAUUUCUGUACAGCCAGUUGGUACGCUCUCAACUGAACACCCUCCCACUCGCUCAGAAUCUGAUGAAUGGGCCAAUCCUGAUUCUUCGGAUGAAGUCCAGCCAAAUGCUUCCAUUUCUCCUGAUGAGGCCCCUCCCCUUGUUCCAGCCCCUCCUCCCGACCAGGCCACACCCCCUCUGCUGUCGGACCUGGACGAUUCUCCGUGCCCGGCUCACGUGAUGGCGGAGGUGCGUGUACGGUCAGUGCCAGAGCGAGAUCGAGUCGUGCGUGGCAUGCAGGACAGUAAGAGCCUGGAUGAGAUCAGUGGGGCGUGUGGGGUCGGGGCACGAGGAGGCGGGGCUAGAGGCGGACAGGUAGAAGGACGCAGAGCUACCAUAUCCAGCGCCCUCGAAUUGGAGGGAACCGUCAGCCAUGAUGGAGAUCUCACACACUUCAUCACCAAAAAUCUUGAACAGAAGAUUAAAAUGAGCUCGCGGCCGAGUCUGGACACAGAUUCGGACUGUUCUGGGCCUGUGGUACGUGGUCGUGGCUCUUUGCGUCGGCCGGCUGAUAUUCCGCCCAUUGACCCGUCAGUUCUGGCAGACCUGCACAAACACACACAGGAUGUGGCUCAGAGUGUAGAACUGAUGCUGCGAAGCCUCAAUGGAACUAUACAGAAUAUGACUGCUUUAAGUGUGGGUUAUAUCCAGACCUACAGAGAUUCUGUGGACAGUUUGGGAGAGUCAGUGGACAUGAGUAUAAAGGGAAUGUACACGCUCAUGGCGCGCUGUGAGGAGCUAGAUCGGUCCAUGCAACCUAUACAUGCUCUAGCUGCUCAGAUCAGAGACAUCAAACGAACCCUUGAUGCCCUAGAAACCAUCUGCAAGUAACUAUGGCAGCAAACAAAACCCCCUGCCUGAGUGGGGACUCCACCACUUGGAGAAAAGCAGUGGCUCCGCCUUCUGCAGUCAUUCUGCUACACACCGUGCAAUGGAACCAUUUUGCUAAUUAUAAUGUUUACUAGCAAUGCUCUGCAAGUGCUCGUCCCCUUAGAGACAGCUUGUUUCUCACCCUUCCCGUUUGGAGGCCACAUUUUUAACCACCUCCUUUUGUCGUGGCUCCUCCCCUCUAGAAUGUUCGCACGGCAAAAUAGACUCCUCCCUGUGAUUCAUGCCGUCCAACAUCCACAGGAAGCACUCUCUGUUGUUGGUGGCUUUUGGGCAGCUGAUUGGUGUUACCAUUGCCCCUGUUUAUGAAGUCAGUGUGUGUGUAUGGAACUAUCGGUGGGUAUAUUGACAGAUUGCGUGUUAAAUGCCUCAAAUUGAAGACAUAGAGUAGAAGUUUAACACCAAUAUUCGUCAGUAUGGAAGCCAUGCUCUGUGUAUACUUGUUCCUCCCGGACGUCUGUGUUUCUGCAGGAUGGAUGCUAUGCAUCCCAGAUCAGUUAGCUCACCUGAAACUAAAUUCUGAUAUCAUUUACUCACCUUCUUGUUGUUUGAAACCUGUAUGACUUUUUCUUCCAUGGCGUGCCAAAGGAGAAUUUUUGAAGACUGCUCACCAUAAAUCAUGAGUAACAACUUACUUUUCAAUCUGUUUCUCACACAAAGAUAUCGCAUGACUUUGGAAGAGUUGUGCACACAUCAUAUGAACUACUGUUAUGAUGAAAGCUUCAGUCUCCAUUCAUUAAUUGCAUGGAAAAGAGUGGCCAGGACAUUCUUCAAAAUAUCUUCUUUUGUGUUCUUCAGA